GAAUAGUUGUGAAAAUUUUAUUCAUAAAAUAUGUACUUACACUUUGGGCCACGUGAUGUCACUCUUUGCCGCGAUGUUCUCUCUGAAUCCAGACAAAUACAGCCCUUUUCCCACGGGAAAGAGGCUCAAUUCUUUUUCACUCUCUCUAUGCUGAACAAUGGCGAACACAGCGGAAGGGGACUGACGAAAUCAGAUGAUUUCUCCUAAUUUGAAGGCAGUUUUCACUAAUUAGAAGAAGACUUAGUAUUUGAAAUGUUGUACUCAAGUCGAGGAGAUCCAGAGGGUCAGCCUCUACUGCUCUCGCUUCUGAUCCUGGCGAUGUGGGUGGUAGGGAGCGGCCAGCUCCACUACUCCGUCCCGGAGGAAGCCAAACACGGCACCUACGUCGGCCGCAUUGCGCAGGACCUGGGGCUGGAGCUGGGGGAGCUGGUGCCGCGCCUGUUCCAGUUGGAUUCCAAAGGCCGCGGGGACCUUCUGGAGGUAAAUCUGCAGAAUGGCAUUUUGUUUGUGAAUUCUCGGAUCGACCGCGAGGAGCUGUGUGGGCGGAGCGCAGAGUGCAGCAUCCACCUGGAGGUGAUAGUGGACAGGCCGCUGCAGGUUUUCCAUGUGGACGUGGAGGUGAAGGACAUUAACGACAACCCUCCCGUGUUCCCAGCGACACAAAAGAACCUGUUCAUCGCGGAAUCCAGGCCGCUUGACUCUCGGUUUCCACUAGAGGGCGCGUCCGAUGCAGAUAUCGGGGAGAACGCCUUGCUCACUUACAGACUGAGCCCCAAUGAGUAUUUCUCCCUGGACGUGCCAACCAGCAACCAGCAGGUAAAACCUCUUGGGCUUGUAUUACGGAAACCUUUGGACAGAGAAGAAACUCCGGAGCUUCAUUUAUUGCUCACGGCCACCGAUGGGGGCAAACCUGAACUAACUGGCACCGUUCAGUUACUCAUCACAGUACUGGACGUCAAUGACAAUGCCCCAGUGUUCGACAGAACCCUCUAUACGGUGAAAUUACCAGAAAACGCUUCUAUCGGAACGCUGGUGAUUCACCCCAAUGCCUCAGAUUUAGACGAAGGCUUGAAUGGGGAUAUUAUUUACUCCUUCUCCAGUGACGUUUCUCCAGAUAUAAAAUCCAAGUUCCACAUGGACCCCGUAAGUGGGGCAAUCACAGUGAUAGGACAUAUGGAUUUUGAAGAAAGUAGAGCACACAAGAUCCCAGUAGAGGCUGUCGAUAAAGGCUUCCUACCACUGGCUGGUCAUUGUACAGUUCUUGUGGAAGUUGUGGAUGUAAAUGACAAUGCUCCACAGUUGACUCUCACUUCCCUGUCUCUCCCUAUUUCAGAGGAUGCCCAGCCAGGUACAGUCAUCACUUUGAUUAGCGUGUUUGACCGAGAUUUUGGAGUCAAUGGACAGGUUACCUGCUCCCUGACGCCCCACGUCCCCUUCAAGUUGGUGUCCACCUUCAAGAAUUACUAUUCAUUGGUGCUGGACAGCGUCCUGGACCGCGAGAGCGUGUCGGCCUAUGAGCUGGUGGUGACCCCUCGGGUGGGUGGCAUUGGUGGCGCUGUGAGCGAGCUUGUGCCGCGGUCUGUGGGCGCGGGCCAUGUUGUGGCGAAGGUACGUGCAGUUGACGCUGACUCAGGCUACAACGCGUGGCUUUCGUACGAAUUUCAACCUGUCGCCGCCAGUGCGCGCAUCCCGUUCCGCGUGGGGCUGUACACUGGCGAGAUCAGCACUACCCGAGCCCUAGAUGAGACGGACGCACCGCGCCACCGCCUUCUGGUGCUGGUGAAGGACCAUGGAGAGCCCUCGCUGACAGCCACAGCCACCGUGCUGGUGUCGCUGGUGGAAAGCGCCCAGGCGCCAAAGGCAUCGUCGCGGGCGUCGGUGGGCAUUGCAGGCCCAGAGGUGGCACUGAUGGAUGUCAACGUGUACCUGAUCAUCGCCAUCUGCUCCGUGUCCAGUCUGUUGGUGCUUACUCUGCUGCUGUACACGGCGUUGCGGUGCUCAGCGCCGUCCUCCGAGGGUGCAUGUGGUCUGGUAAAGCCCACUCUGGUGUGCUCCAGCGCGGUGGGGAGCUGGUCACUCUCCCAGCAGAGGCGGCAGAGGGUGUGCUCUGGGGAGGGCCCACCCAAGACAGACCUCAUGGCCUUCAGUCCCAGCCUUCCUCAGGGUCCCUCCUCUUCAGACAAUGUGAGUCGUAAAUAAUCUUGCUUUCAACACUUUAAAAAUAAUUAGUUCAAUUUGUCUCCUUAAAUUUUCUUUCAUAAUUUCUUUUUUAGUUGAUAACUUUGUACAUAAUUAUUACUUUUUAGUGUUAUGCUGUAUUUGCACUAAUUAUUUGGAAGUACUUUUAAUAUACACUUUUGGGAUACGUAAUACUGUAGAUCAAAAUCUAUGGUUUAUGUUGGCUACUCUCUAUUUUUGGAGAAAGACUUUGCUAACUGGAUCAAUGGAUUCACCUUUCUUCUAUAGUGUAUUUACAAAAUCAAGUAUUUACAUUUCCAUAUUUUGAUAAUACUUAUAAAUGCUAUAAUAAACAAAUUUCAAUAUAUAUAUUUUACCUAAUAUUUUAUUCUAUGUAUUGUCCUCAUUUUAUAAAAUAUGUG